CUCAUGGGUACUUGAGAUGGUUGAGCCGCUGCCAGCUUUGCAAUGAGUGCGACCGUGGGCAAACUUGCUAGCAGUCAGCGCAAUGGCGGAAUUUUCUACGGUUGGGUCAUUGUGGCUGUGUGCAUCCUGUGCAAGAUGUUCAAGAUACAGGGCCAGAACAAUGUGAUGUCCUACACGGUGCCCCACCUGCUGGAGGACUUCAACUUGUCCCACUCAGAGCUCGGCGGCCUGUUUUCCGUGGCGACCAUGUCCGCCGGACUGGUCCAGCCGUCGCUGGGACGUGCCAUGGACCGAUUCGGCGCACGUGUGUGCAUUCCCGCCUUGCAGCUGGGCAUUGCUUUUACUUUGCUGGGCUUCGGGGCUUGGAGGCGGCCAUCUGACAAGCUGGUGCUCUACCUCCAGAUCAUUUGCAUUUUCUUCUUCCUGCGCAUGCUGAGCAUUGGCGCCGGGGAGACCUUUCCGAACGCAGCGGUACAGCAAUGGUUCCGCCGUAAGCGGGGCCGAGCGGUUGGGGUGGUCUUCACCUUCCAAUGGCUGGGCAAUGGGCUGAUUGGACUGGCGGUGUCCGCAGUGGUGAGGAGAUAUAGUUGGCACGCAGCUGCCUUCGCUGGCUCCGGCGUCAACCUGAUGCUGGCGCCUUUGUCAGCCCUGUUGCUGAGGCGCAGCCCUGAGGUGUGCGGGCUAUUGCCUGAUGGAGUUGAUGAUGAGGAGGAGGUCAAUCUCAAGGCUGCCAGUCCCGAGGAGACCUCCAAGGAAGAUGCUGCUAGGGCACCUUCCUUUGAGGUCCGAAAGCUCUGGCCGCACCUGCUGUUCUCCUUCUUUUAUGCAGUCAUGUACGGCGGUUCUGAUUUCUACAUGGUGGAAAUGGUGGCAGAGGCCUCCGGAAACGCCAAAGAGAUCUUGGUGUCCUGGCACAUUUUCUGGCCCUUUGCCCUCACAAACGCAUUGGCGGUGCCUUCGGUUGGGGAGCUGAUGGACAAAGUUCAAAGCAAGCGUCUUCCGAUGCUCCUGCUUGCCAUCGCUGCUCUCCUGACGGCCGUGGCAACAGUGGGGCUGACCUGCGUGACCAGCCGCUCGAACGCCGUCUUGUAUGGCGUGGUCCGGGGCUUCUCUUCCGGCAUCUUCCAGUCCCUGCUGACGGCGGGCCUGGCUUUUGCAGCCGCGGGGGUGCCUCGAGAAGAGAUCGGCCGAGUGCUGGGCUUCAAUCAACUUACCACCGUAGUGGGCACGGGCGUGGGCCCAUGCUUCUACGGCUUUUGUCGUGACCUUUUCGGUGCCUUCCAGGGUGCCCUGCUGCUAACGGCGCUGCCUCCCUUGGCGCUGAGCCUCUACUUCGGGUGCCAGGCCCGCAAGGCGAUUCCUCCGGCGGAUGCCGACGCCGGCGAACAGGCCGGACUGGAGCCCGAGGUCUUUGGCCUGGAAUCGGAGGCGUGAC